GUGAACUACAGGUGAAAUAGUGUGUAUAGCUCAACAUCAACCAUGGCAAACACUGGAGUCGUCUCGGCUACGCAGUUGAUAACAGAACAAACAAGUAGUGCAGCGUUGAUGACAACCAUGCUUCUACCGUUCAUGAACGACUCAUCAGCUUGGAACGGCACGGGGAACGGAACUGACGAAGAUGUCGAUUCUUAUGUUGACGGUUCGGACGACGGACGCGAAUUCGGCCCCAUACAGAUCAUCGCCGUCACCAUGUUUGUUGUCAUUUUCGUCGGCCUGAUCGGAAACGGUGCCGUCAUAUACAUCGUGGUACGUCACAAGGACAUGCACACCACGACAAACUUCUCCUUCGCUAACCUGGCAGUGACAGACUUUCUGUUUCUGCUUGUUCACGCCCUGACUACGUCUAUUGAUAACAUUGGCUUUAAUCUAUCAUUGACAAUCAACUGUUGGCCCACCUUCUACUUGCGAUAUGUUGUAGCUGAGGUCACUUGUUUGACAUUGGCUCUGAUGUCAUAUGACAGAUAUAGAAUGGUUGCUCAUCCAUUGGACAGCAUAAGACAUACCAAACGACGUAAGAAUGGUAUCCUCGUUUGUAUCCUGUUCAUAUGGAUUAUUUCGUUGGCUUUAUUUUCACCCGUCCUCAUCUACACCACUAAGUACUAUGGGUUGUUCUGCACCAUCAUAUUCCCUUGGGCUUACGGCCAGAAAGUCUUUCACACCUCAGCUGCCUUCGUCAUGUACGUCAUUCCACUCUCAUUCAUCGUCAUGUGCUACCUGAUGAUUUUCCUCAAACUCAGAAAGCCCAAUCCCGGGGAAGUAGGAAUAGGUCAAAGGUCACGGCGCAUGCGCAAGACUCUCCGCUUGAUUCUGGUCGUGGUGGUUGUGUUUGCACUGUCGUGGCUGUUAGAACAUACCUUCAUCGUCUGGGUCGUAUGGGACCCAAAUUUCCUCCCCCAAUCGAAACUUUUUACUACCACAACGGCUACCACUAAAGUCAUUCUGUAUGUGAAUAGUGCCGCCAACCCGUUCAUGUAUCCCUUUGCUGGGACUGGUUUUACCAAGCAUCUCGGGUGUUGUAAACGGAGGGGCCUUAGUAGAAACAACACUAUGGCAACUAGUACAUUCAGUUGUGGAUCUACAAUGAAGUUAUCUGUGGUACAAUCUACCGUCAGCACAUCGGUACAGAGUUUAGAUAGCAUUAAUGUCAGUGUCCCCGCAACAGGGUAUCAAAACCAUGGGCAGGUGUGA